UGACAGCUCUUUGGCAGAUACAGAGUUGCAGUCAAGGCGCGUAGACAGCUAAAAAACUUAGUUCACCGUUUAAUAAGUGUCGUUUUUAUUGGAAAAAUAUAUAAUAAUUUACAAAGGAAGAUAAUAAACUAAAUUAAAAAAUGCAAAUAAUAAAAGAAAAUUAAACUCAAAAAAAUGUCAUUAAAACAAGUGUUAUAUUAAAAUAACAAAAGAAAAAAAACAUUGAAAUUUUACCCCAAAAAAAACUAAAAGGAAAUUAACAAAUAAAAAAGAGGUCGUUUUGUGGCUGUUGAAAAAAAAUAAUAGAAAAAAAACAAAUACAUAAGCAAAACGAGAAUGAGUAAAUGUUGAAAAUAGAAAAAGAAGCAGCAGAAAUAACAAAAAAUCAUAGAAACGUAAGAGGCAAUACCAAGAAGAUUAAAUACAAAGCAAAAUAGAAAAAAUAAAAAAAAAAAACAAGAGCACAUAUAUAUUAGCUCUUUCUCACUUAACUCACACAUAUUAGAAUGUGUGAGUGUGAUAGCUGUCAUUACCUAAAUGCACAUAAAAUUAUAACAACAACAAUAACUGCAAUAAGAAGCAGCAAAAGUAAAAUAACAACGAAAAGGGAAGAGUGCAAAUAUCAAGUAAAUUUCUACCAACAAAAUAAUAACAACAGCACAACAACAAACAGUUAUAAUAACAAAAACAAUUGUAUUAGCAGCAAAAAGAAGAGAAAUUUCAUAAAUUUUAAACAAAAUGCAUACAGAAACAACAAAUUCUACACUAAUAUUAAACAAUAUGCAACAGCAACAUUAUUUAAGCCAUCUGGAGCAGGAUCAACUUAUGCCAGAACCUGCACAACAACAACAACAUAACUUUACACACUUGCCCUCCUCAACAAAUAACACUAACACAUCCUUGAAUGCAGAAGGUCUUUAUGCAGCAACAGUGCAACAACAACAACAGCAGCAGCAACAUCACUUGACGUCAGCAUGUCCCUCACAGUUUUACACUAAUGGAACAACAACAAGGCUAACACAUCCUGCCACUGACUCAACAUCUACCUUUUCCUCCAGUUCAAGCUCUUCCUCCUCCUCCUCUUCGAAUGACAGUAGUUAUAACUGUCCCAAUUCCCCUUCGGCUGACCUUAACUGUAAGAAUAACAACAAAAAUAAUGCCUCCAUAGGCGUUAACCUACGAGUAACAGGACAGUGUAGCCAAGGUGGUCGUAAAUAUAUGGAAGAUUACUUUUCGGUGGCCUAUCAACAGUCAGAGAAUGCCAAAGAUUUGGAAUAUGCUUUUAUUGGCAUAUACGAUGGUCAUGGAGGUGCAGAGGCUGCCAAAUUUGCUAAAGAACAUUUAAUGAUGGAGAUUAUUAAUCAGCGACUGUUUUGGUCGGAUAAUGAUCAUGAUGUUUUAAGGGCCAUACGUGAGGGUUAUAUAGCCACACAUUAUGCUAUGUGGAGGGAACAAGACAAAUGGCCCAAAACAGCCAAUGGUUUACCCAGCACAGCCGGCACCACCGCUACAGUGGCUUUUAUAAGAAGAGAAAAGAUCUAUAUAGGACAUGUAGGAGAUUCCGGCAUAGUAUUGGGUUAUCAAAAUGAAAAUGAAAACUUUUGGAGAGCGAAACAAUUGACAACCGAUCAUAAACCCGAAUCGGUAGAAGAAAGAACCCGUAUUAUGAAUUCGGGUGGUAAAGUAGUGGUAAAAUCAGGAGUACCCAGAGUAGUAUGGAAUCGUCCCAGAAAUGCCAGUCACCGUGGACCCAUACGCAAAAAGACCUUAGUCGAUGAAAUACCCUUUUUGGCGGUUGCUCGCAGUUUGGGUGAUCUUUGGAGUUAUAAUUCAGAACGCAAUGAAUUUGUUGUUAGUCCAGAUCCAGAUGUCAAAGUUAUACCCAUUAAUAGUAAAACAUUCCGUUGUUUGAUAUUCGGCACUGAUGGUCUUUGGAAUGUGGUUAGUGCCCAGGAAGCUGUCAAUACGGUACGCUAUAAAGAGGUUAUCAAAGAACGUUUAAUGGCCCAAAGAGGUGACUCACCUCAGGAGGGUGGUAAUCAAUGCACAAAUCCAAGUAAAUCUUUAGUAGAUCAAGCUUUACGCACCUGGUCAAUUAAAAAAAUGCGUGCCGAUAAUACCUCGGUGGUGACAGUAAUGUUAUAUCCACCCGGUCAAUCGGAUCAUAAUACAAAUGCUGAGUGCAAAGAGAGUAGUGGCGGCUCAUUAACCAAUCCUCCAGACUUUGUACAGCCCAUUAGUUAUGGCUUGGAAUACACACAAGUUCAAGCUGAAAUACCGGCCUAUGAUGAUGCUACCACUUAUAAAGAAAUGGCUUUAAAAUAUUUACCUCCGGAAGCUUAUCGUAAUUUCAAUUAUUAUGCCGAUGAGUCAGAUACCGAAGGUGAAGACAAUGAAGAAAGUGAGGAAGAAGAACAGGAAACUACACCUGGUAGUUUACAAAACCAUAAUAAUUAUCAGCAACAUCAGCAGCAUUUAGUUAACACUAACAAUUGGAAUUGGCCGACUAAUAAUAGUCAAACAAUACAGCCUUUAGUUAGACCCUUAGAACCUGAGGAAGAGGAGGAAGCAGAAGACGAAGAAGAAGAAGAGGAGGAAGAGGAAGAAGAUGAAGACGUUAUGGAAGAGGAGUCUAUAGAUGAAGUACAUUUACAGGCACCGGAAAGACCGGUAUGCAUAGUAAACUAUCAAAACUAUGUACAUCUAGAGGCUGAAGAAACCAACAAUGCUACUGAUUCUUAUAUUAAUACCUUUGCCGAAUCCUAUAAUUCCAUAUUAACAGCUUCACAAGAGGAUUGUCUAACCACGGCGGCAGUAAAUGCCUCAUCAUCUUCAUCAUCCUGUUCCAGUAAUAGCAAUUCGAAUUCAAAUUCCAAUUGUCAAAGUGUUACACCACCCAAUAUGCAUGAUAUCUUACAAGAACAGCAGCUUUAUCAACAACAAUGCAUGUCCGAGGAAGAGGGUUAUUCUUUAACAAAAUUAGAAACCAGACGUGAACAACAAUCAUGUAAAACUUUGGAGAAUAGACUGCAUUUAGCAACGGAAACAGCGGCAAAUGUUCAAACGUUUAAGAUCUUUCAUGAGGCAAAUGGACAACAAGACAUGGGCUUGUAUCAAACAAAUAAUGAGAGAUAUUAUCAGCAGCAACAGCAAGAGUUUAUUACUCAUUUACCACAAAAACCUUUGGAAUUGCAUUCGCUUUUGCAGCAAGAACGUGAAGAGGAACAGCAAGUGGCCUAUGAACGUUUACAAAUGGAAAGUAAACUACAGCAGCAGCAACCUCAAAAUAUUAAUGCAUAUGCUUGCCUGCAAACAGUAAACAGUUUAGAACAAUCUCUGCAGCAGCAACCUAUCGAGGAAGUAGAAUAUUUAGAGGAAGAAAGCUCUCUAAUAGAAGAGCUGCAGGAAGAAGAAAUAACAUCAACAGAUUCCGAGCUCAAUGCAGCCGAAGAAAUGGUACAAAUUAAUGAAAUUUCCUCUUCAUCCUGUGAAGACUCCAGUGCAGAGGUGGAGGAGAUGCAGGAAACAGAAGUUUUAGAAAAUAUAGAAAUUUUACCCUUAAAGCCUUUAGAUGAGGAAUCUAAACAGGAAUUAAUUAUAGCCGAAAGUGAAGUAUUAGUAAACUCUAAAUAUCCAUUAACAAAGAUCUCCAAAAACAGUAUUUGCCCGCCACCAACAGCAGCGUCCACAGCAUUAGUUUUAAACACUCCCCUUAAGACAAAUAUAAGUCUUAGCAAACGUAAUAAAGCCUCUUAUCUGUAUGCCAAUGUACCUAAUGAAAACAACCUACAAAGAAUCUCAAAUUCCAAAAAUCCACAUAUGCUUUACGCCAAAAACACACAAUCCUCCUCAAAACGACGCCGUAGCAUGUGUAUGACACCAGGCGGCAGUAGUAUGACGCCACCGGCAGCCACUUCAACACCCAUGAUACAAAGACAAUUGCGCAGCACCUCUAAUACUCCCUGCUCCUCGAGUACAAAUCCCAAUCUUAUAGAUUAUGGUAAACGUACCUUGAGAACGCGCAAUUCUUUGGCCAAAGAAAUGAAAGCUAAAAAUACUUUAGUUACCUCAACACUUAAAUAUCCUCACAAUGCGGUAACACGCAAUUUCCUACGCAACACAGCCGCCAAUCUAAUGCUACUCAAUGAACAACAUCUAACACCCUGUAGUCGUAGAUCUCUUAGUAGUAGCAACAAUGUGCGCUCUAAUCCCAGAGCUAGCAUCAAAACAAGACGUGAUACUCCGGGGCCGCCACAUCCUCAGCUUAAUCUAAGAUCUAGACAAAUAGCUACCACACCCGCCUCCAACACCCCCAACCAGCAAACAUCAAAUGUCAGUUCUUUGAGAACUCCCCCCGCUGCUACAUCUACACCUGUGAUAAAACGUGCCUCUCUAACGGAACGUCGUAUUUUACGUAGCAUGCAUACACGCAGCAGCUCCAGCAAAUCUUCACAAACACCUGCCACCUUUAGUAAAUCCACUAGAACCCAAAGUACGGGCAGUAAUUUGGCAGCUCCACCACCCUCUCCCAAACUAAUAAAUGCUGCUGCUGCAGUGGCUGCCGCUACUCGAGCCAGAUCUUUGCUAAAUGCCAAACAUGCCGCCGCUAACAAUGGUACACAAUCGGUAGUAUCGGCUGUUUUUGGCAAGCGUACAAGUUUAAGAAGUAAUGUUAGUUCACACCCGGCCGCUUUAAACACUUCCUCAUCCACUGUCUCACCUGCAGCCACUCAUCAAACCUUAAGGGGUCGUAUUGUCAAGAAAUUGAAACGGUAAAACGUAAAUAUUUAAGAAAUUUGGUUUGAAAAGGUAUUUAAAGUAUUGCUAGGAUAAAUAGGUUUUAUAAAAUCUAGAAGGAACUUUUUAACGAGACUCGAUACAAAACAGAAUUUGUAUUCUAAACAUACACAAUUUUUUUUAUAUUUUCUAUACCAAAAGCUUUAAAUGCAAUUAAGCUUUUGUUUUAGCUAGUUUUAACAAACAAAUUUCAACAUAUUCAAAAGCUUUUUUUAUGAAUUAUCUUUAAAAUAAUUUUUUUGGUAGAAAGCCUAUUAAAGCUUUCUAUUUAAUCCCCUAAAAGCUUUAUAAAAGCUUAAAAUAUAAGUUAUUAAAACU